GGCAGGUGACGUCAGAAACAAUGCGGAAGUGAUUCACUCACACAACACACAAGCACACAGCACAGGAUAGAUUUCUGUCCAAAAGUGCACUUGAGGCCUGAAACUGCGGCGGGGUUCUUAUAGGUGGUGGAUAUGAGCAGGUGUCAUGGACGGAAACGAGUGUUUGGACGCCAAUCGUUUGGUUGCAGAUGAAGGCUCUCUUAUUGAAGGUGUGAGUGACCCCGUCCUGCUGGUUCUGGUGUUGAGCGUGACGUUUCUCGCUGGGCUGGUGACGUUGCUGUGCAGGAAUGAGCAGCAGAGGAUUCAUCCGGAGAAUCAGGAACAUGUGCGUGUGGUGAGAGAGCAGCUUCAAACCGAGCAGGUCUCGGCUUCAGAGUCCAGACAUCAGUACUACUCGGACAUGUCGUGUCCCGUGUGUCUGCAGCAGGCCGUUCUGCCCGUGGAGACUAACUGCGGCCAUCUGUUCUGCGGUCCGUGCAUCGUGGCGUACUGGCGUUAUGGAACCUGGCUGGGUGCGAUCAACUGCCCCAUUUGCAGGCAAAUGGUGACCCUGCUCUUCCCGCUUUUCCAUGACACCAGCGGCAGCGCUCGGACACAAGACGGACAGGUGGAAGCAGCUCAGAUUGUCAAUGACAUCAAUGAUUACAACCGCAGGUUCUCUGGACAACCCCGCUCGCUUGUGGACCGCCUGCGAGAUGUGCCCACGCUGCUCCGGCACGCUUUCAGAGAGAUGUUCUCCGUGGGCGGCCUCUUCUGGAUGUUUCGCAUUAGGAUUCUGCUGUGUCUGGUGGGAGCGCUGACUUACCUGGUGUCUCCGCUGGACUUUAUCCCUGAAGGUGUGGUCGGCCUGCUGGGCUUCAUGGACGAUUUCUUUGUCAUUCUGCUCCUCUUCAUUUACAUCUCCAUCAUGUAUCGUGAGGUGGUGACCCAGAGACUGGCCGGAUGAGCCUUCAUUCAGCUUAAAGUCUUGUGCUUCUGUUAUUCACUUGUGUUUGGUCAAAUCUCCACUUUCUCUUGUUUUCCACCACGUUCGCCCUUGAAAGUAACCUUCAAAGCGAAAUAAGACAAUAAAAGUGGUUUCGCUUAAACAUGUAUUGAGAACCUUUUUUCAAAUAAGUUUAAAGAAUGGGUUUCAUUUUCUUAUGGUUUGUCUGUGUGUUGUAUUCAUCAAUGAGACUCGUUGGGCCUGUUUCCCGGGCAGGGCCCAGUUGCAAAAACUUAGUCUCACUUACAAGCAAUUAUUUAGGGCUAAUCAGUCUUACUUUUCAUAUUUAAAUUAGCCCAAUCUAAGAGGUUAUGACCAGUCUUGAAGAAGAAAAAAAAGAUGACUAACUUCUAAGACUAGUCUGAGCAGUUUAUGCAACCAGCCGCAGGGCUUAAAUCUAGUCCAAGACUCAAACUGAAAACAACACAUCUUCAAAUACACCAGUGCCAUUGUUUUGUGUUUUUUUUUGGUAAGGCAUGUUUGUAAAAAUGACCUCAUAAGAAACGUCUGAGAAACCGGCCCGUGGAGUUUCAUUAUAAAUAUAAAUCAAACUCUGUUAGCCAAUGAGAUAUGAAAACAUACGUGACACAUUUAUUUAUCUUGUUAUAUUUACACAUUUGUACCAGAAACAACAGAAGAACGGCAGUUGUGUGACUCUUGAUUCAUGGAAACUUUGUUGUGUAUUUAUUAAAAGAACUGAUCAUGUUUGAUACACAACACAGUGGUUUGCUGGUGUUAAAGUGUCCGAUCUUUAUACUGCCUUUACAUCAGAGAGAUCUUUUCACCUGAGCGAGCUGAAAUAACUGCCUUAAUAUAAUAAAGUCAGACAUGUUUGCAGUUUUUUAUCUUUUCUCUGAUGGUGAAUGUGAUGAUAUCUGCAUUAAAGAGAGAAUAAAGCACACAAAAUGAUUGAAUGUAAUAUUUCACAUUCAGCUCAAUGUGAAAAACAAAAGCAUAAAUAAAUACACAUUUGCUGUACGCGCGUGAGUUUUAACAUGUUUAUAAAACAAGCAAAAUAAUCAUUUCAUUGAAGUUUAUCUGCACUUUAUCUCUUCAUUUAUUAGAAUACUUGAUUUCAUUUCGGCUCUUUAAGGGUUUUUAUAGCAGACGGUAGGAGAGUAGAGGAACAUUUAUUGUGUUGAACAGUUUCCCAUAUCUUCAUUUCGAAGAGAAAUCAAAAUCAUCUUUUCUAAAAGAGAAUCGUUGUUGUUGUCAUUAAAGAUGAUC